UUCCUACAAGACCAUCGAAGAAGUAAAAUGCGGAAGUUUGCGAGUCGUAAACAGUCAAAUUGUAUGUGUUGUACUCAAGUACUGCAUCCGACAUUUCUUUGGUUCACGUUUCUGUCGUAUGGCUGAGUUAUCAUUAAUUAAAUAUAUCGGCUCAGAAUGGACUUGUCUUCACUAUAUGGAGUUGUCGCGUUAGCUUAGCUUGUUAGUUACUAUCAAAGCGACAGCUUGCAAGCAACACACCGCAGAUAUCGAGCGUGAGAUUAAAGUGUUGUGGUUAGAGUGUGUAAAAUGUGUGAAGGAACGAUAGAGUACAAGGAGGAACUUUCCCAAACGAAAGAGGAAAACAAGCAACAAUCUCAACUGCUGGAUGCUGUUUUCGUGACGCACAGAGCAGAAGUCAGAGAAGAUCUCAAUCAUGAGCAGCUUACAAAGUUGAACUCGAAGGUAGACGAGGAGGAGCCAGCACUCCCCCGUGUUAAAGAGGAACAAGAGGAAGCUGAUGUCAGCAAGUUUCCAGUGAUGCGCGUCAUUGUGAAGAGUGAGGAUGAUGAAGACGAGCCUCACUCUUCCCAGCUUCAUCACAGUCAAAGUGAGAAGAGAGGAUCCCAAGCGGACAGCCUUGUAGCUGCAUUAACAGAUAGUGAUGACACAUCAUCUCGCUCUCAUGACACUGACAAUGAAGGUGAUAUGGCAUAUCCCACUGAGAACAAACACUUGACAUGUUCACAGUGUGAUAAGACUUUCCUCAACAAGUCAACAUUGGAAAGACACAUGAGAUGUCACACAGGAGAGAAACCUUUCAUGUGCUCGCUUUGCGGUAAAGGUUUCACACAGAAAGGAAGCCUGACGACACACACGAGAACUCACACUGGAGAAAAACCGCAUUCCUGCUCUGUCUGCAGCACCGGUUUUAAUGAUAGUUCAGCGUUGUCGCGACACAUGAGAACGCACACUGGGGAGAAACCAUUUUCUUGCUUAUUCUGCGCGAAAAGCUUCUCCAUAAAGGGAAAUUUUGUCACACACACAAGAACACACACUGGAGAGAAGCCCUUUUCCUGCUCGGUGUGCAACACAAGUUUUCGAGUCCGGUCAGGUCUGGUUCAACACAUGAGAACACACACUGGGGAGAAACCAUUCGCCUGCUCAGUUUGUGGUCAAAGAUUCUCUCAAAAAGCGACUUUGAGAGAACACCUGAGAUCACACAGUGGAGAAAAACCUUUUUCAUGUUCAGUCUGUAGCACAAGUUUUAGUUACCAUACGUCAUUCAUUCACCACAUGAAAAAACACUCUAGUGAGCAUGUUUAGCUAAAAUAUGUUUGAUUAAAAAGUACCAGGGGUGUCGUUUAUAAACAUGUCACAACAUUGAAGCCAGAGUAUGCAUUUAUUUAUUUUUUUGUUUUGCCCUAACAUAUGCGUGAUUUAGCUUUAUAGUCCUCAAUUAAUUUAUUUCCCCCAAACUAACUCUUACGGAAUAAAACACCAUUCGGCGAACGGAUGAUUCCUUUGACAUUUAAUUUUCCACCACGUGAUUUAUUACACAUGCUGACUCACAUUUCUUCACUUCAGUUCCACAUCACGGUCAUUAACCAGAGGUAUGAUGGCUCUAAAGCACAAAUGCCAAGGUCCAGCAUGCCAUAUCAAUUCAUGUUGCCCAAAAAACACAAAUAAAAUGUGACUACAUAAUUGUUUUGGUAAUUUUUAUUGCGGUUCAGUUGUAACCAAACUGCAAUUUGUAUUAGCUACUGACGCAUUUUUAGUUAGUCACUUCACAAUGUUAGCAAAGCAGUGACACUGUGUUGUUUUUUAUUUUCGUCUUGUCAGUGCAAACAGUAAUACACAUUAAUAAAAGAAUAAAACUA